AAAAGAUCCCUAAUUUCUUCGAAGUAGAUGUUACGAUUAGGGUUUUCUCAAAGAUUCGUCUCUGACGAACUUCAAUUCGAGAAAUUGGCGUACCCAUACCACGUAGCUCUGGUCGCAACACAGUUUUGUUUGAUGCAAUAUGCUGCCCGAAGGAGCGGAUCUGACAUUGAGAUCUCAAAACUAAGCUUCCGUUGGGUGAUGGGUAUAUUGGCUUCGAUGAUGGUGUCUCCUUAUCUGAUGGCUCACGUCUUCCGUGGCUACUACAAGGCCAUUGGUUCUUCCUUUAGAGAUUAUGAAGAGAUGGCUAUGGUUAUUGGUUUCUUAUCGCUCAUGUUCUUCUCUGUGAACUUGUUUGGAUUCUGGGGAUUUGUUUUUAUUCCAGUUUCUCCUCCUAUUCUCGCUUUGGUUGUGCAAUUUGUGAUCAUGAAGCGAAGAAACGACAUGAGGUUCUGAAGAGUGAUUUGGUGGUGAUCGGAGAAGAAGAAGCGUCGAUUAGUGAUUGAUUAAUUAGACUAAGUAAGUGUUAAAAGGCCUUUUUGGGAUCGUUGGUAGUAGUAGCUUUUUCUUAAUUAGUAAAACGUAUCUGUUGUG